AUGUCGUCUUCAUCACAGGGAGAUAUAACCUCCUCCGACACCCCUCCCAUCUCCACCCCACGCUCCAGAUCCCGCACGCCCCAAAGACCAAACAAUAAGUCCUCCACCUCCUACAACUCCGCCGCAUCCUACUUCUCGUAUCCCGUCUCGCACGUCGUCUCAGGUCUCUACCGCCGUCUGACAGACCCAACCAUAGCCGCCAUGCCCUCCUCCUCACCGUGGUCGACGGCCUCCUCGUCCUCGGAAGUCUUCACUCCACGCCGAACAGCCUCACCCUUCCAGCCCCCGCCACUCACACCACUCACCCUCACCUUGCCCACAGGCUCCGACCUGCUCCAGCAACAGCUGCUCACCCGCGCCCUCGCUGAGGAAAUCCGCCUGCUCGUCCCCGCGCGCCUCCAGCUCGUCGACACCUGGCGCCUCGCGUACAGCCUCGACCGCGACGGCGCAUCCCUGGCAACUCUGUACGAGAACUGCGAGCGAUUCUCGCACCGCAGCCCGCGGGCGGGCUACGUGCUCGUCGUCCGCGACGCUUCCCCCGCCGGCGCAGUCUUCGGCGCCUACAUGACCGACGCGCCGCACCCGGACUCGCAGUUCUUCGGCACGGGCGAGUGCUUCCUCUGGCGGGCGAGCGUGCUCCCGCCGCCCUCGACCAUGCCUCUAUCUUUCACGGGCGACGGGCCCCAGUCGGAGGAGGAUUUCGAGCGCUUUGGUCUUCCGCCUCCGCCCUCGGCGGAUACUACCAACGCCGGAAGAUGGAGCACCUUGCGCAACGACCCCAAAUCGAAGUCUCCCGCCCGCUCGGACUCGCCUGCUCACAACCUCAAUAUGAAUAUCAAGACCAACCUUGCGGCGGCGAGUGGUGGUGCUCUCGCCCCGCCGUCUCCGUCGUCUAUCACCGCUCCCUCACGCAGCAGCGGCGCCAGCACCCCAGAACGGAUCCGCUUCAAGGCCUUCCCAUACAGUGGCGUGAACGACUACAUGAUGUUUUGCGAGACCGGGUUUUUGAGUCUGGGUGGAGGGGAUGGUCGCUACGGGCUAUGGGUGGACUCCAGCCUGGAAAAGGGCGUCAGCUCCCAUUCCCAAACUUUCGGCAACGAGCCGCUCUCCGAUGAAGGCGACAAGUUCGAUAUCCUCGGCGUCGAAGUGUGGUAUGUUGGCUCGUGA